AUGGUGAGGAUGAAUAAUGUGACUGAGUUCAUCCUCUUGGGCUUGAUACAAAAUGUGGAGCUUCAGAAAUUCUCAUUUGUUUUGUGUUUAAUUGUCUACCUGGUCACCCUGGCAGGCAACCUGCUCAUCGUGAUUACCAUCAGCACUGGCUAGGCCCUAGAAACACCCAUGUACUUCUUUCUGUCUAACUUAUCCUUUAUCGAUGGCUGCUGUUCUACAUCCAUGACUCCUAAGAUGCUAGCUGACACUCUUGCUGUGAGAAAAAUCAUCUCUUUUAGGGGAUGCAUGACUCAAAUCUUUGCUGAGCAUCUUUUUGGUGCAGCUGAGAUCAUCCUUCUGACAGUGAUGGCCUAUGACCUCUAUGUGGCCAUUUCUAAGCCCCUGCACUACAUGACCAUCAUGAACCGAAAGAUGUGUAGGCUCCUUGUGGGAGUGGCCUGGGCUGGAGGCUUUGUCCAUUCAACCAUUCAGAUCCUCUUCACAGUCUGGCUGCCCUUCUGUGGCCCCAAUAUUGUAGACCACCUCAUGUGUGUCCUUAACCCUCUGUUGAAACUUGUCUGCGUGGACACUCAUACCCUUGGUCUCUUUGUUGCUGCCAAUAGUGGGUUCAUCUGCCUUUUAAACUUCUUCCUCCUGAUGGUCUCUUAUAUGGUCAUCCUAUACUCGUUGAAAUCCUACAGCUUGGAGGGAAGGCGCAAAGCCCUCUCCACCUGCGUAUCUCACAUCACGGUGGUUGUCUUAUUCUUUGUGCCCUGCAUAUUUGUGUAUCUGCAUCCAGUGGCCACCUUUUCCAUUGAUAAAGCCGUGGCUGUUUUUUAUACCAUGAUUACUUCUAUGUCAAACCCUUUAAUCUACAGCCAUAGAAAUGCAGAAGUAAAACAUGCUAUAAAGAAGUUCUGGGUCAAUAGGUGA